AUGAAGUUUAUAGUGAACUUGGACUUGCGCAGCAUCUACCGCACUCUUUCCUCCUCCUCCUCCUCCUCCUCCUCCUCCUCCUCCUCCCCCUCCCAGCCAAACUCUGUAAGAUAUAGUCAAGAAGACCGGAGACGGAGGAGGGUGCAGGUGGAUGUCACGGUCGAUCCCGCACCUUGGCGCUCCACUCCACACCCUCUGGUCCACAUAACAAAUAACCAGGACUUUAACCAACAACGAAAGAAUAGAAGCUGGCGCGGUCGAAACCGCCCCUAGGCGUGCCGCCAUCGCCCGGCUCGGAUCCCACGGAGUGGGAGUGCCAUAAAGGCCACAUUAAGAAGAAGCCAUUGCAGCCUGACUCUUAGACCACUAGUCGGCCGCUCCACACAAACACGCACAACACUGGGCCGACUGCGAUGUCCAAGUUAUCUCGUCAGUUGGCAACCUGCCAAGUCACGGCUUUUAGCGCAUCCUGAUAGCUUCAAGCGCGUCAGAUUGUUUAUAGAGAAAAGGAAAAUGCGCAGAGUCGUCGACCUCACUUUCGCAUUCCCAGGUCUCUGCCACUGACCGAGCCGGUCAGUUGACAGUUGAUAGUUGACAAUUAAGUACAAAUAAAGUCACAUGACAAUUUGCCAUCUCAAAAGACUUAGUUUAUAGGCAGAAUGGUAUUGCCGACAAAGACAAGGGAGACUGGAAUGGCCAUUUCUGGCUUAUUAGCCGUCGUCAGCCAGCCAUACCCAAGCCCGAAGUGUGGAACACCCGAGCCUCGAACUCGCGACCUGUUGGUUUAGAAGUUCACGCCUCUACCCACCGGGCCACGAGCCCAUUGCCCUGUCGGUUUUCGAUCGGGAAUAUACAGUGUUAGGGGGCGCUGACCGAUAGCUCAUACGGAACUCACUCGUUCCGGUGUGCCUUAAGGGCUCUCUCUCGAGCCCAACCAGCAGCCGCACAGCGGCGCAUGAUAUAUAGGCAGAAUGGUAUUACCGACAAUGACAAGGAAUGGAAUGGAAUGAAAGGACUGGAAUGGCCUUUUCUGGCUUAUUAGCCGUCGUCAGCCAGUCAUACCCAAGCCCGAGGUGUCAAAAUGUGUCCGGCGUUAUUUACAGGCAUUUAUUGUUCAGUACAAAAUUUGGAAAAGCCUACUUAUGCAAAACAUUUCUCCGGAACAUAGAUGCCCAGGUGUUCAGGCGAUUGCUAACCUAAACAACUGUUUUAGCCCUAGCCCACUCCCAGCUGCCCCAGAAAUGCAAGUUAGGGUUAAUUCAAAACGAAAUAUCGUCCUAGAGUUUGAAGCCACGUACUGGAACGAAUUGAUAGUUCUCGAAAAUUCCCCAUUUUAACAAGACCACAUGACUUUCUCAAGUUAACGGAUAUUAUAUGCACUGAGCAGUUCAACAGGAAGUGGUCGCUACUGUGGUAAAAAUGUGGACACUGCACUUCAGCAUAAGCAACAGUGCUUCAAAACAUGGCCUAUUCGUCCUAACAGUCUUCAAAAAAGUACUCCAAAUUAACUGUUCAGUUUUUGGAUGAUUUUUCACUUUUCGGGAUACAGUAAGUUCCAUAGCUCAUGAAAUGCGCCGAAGCUUAGCAAACGUAGCCUAUCGCUCGUAAACCGGCAUAAACGAAUCGAUUAAGGCUCCAAACUAAUAAUAAAGAUUUUUGGAGAAUGGAAAACAUCAAAGAAAUAAUAAAAGGAAUAAUACUUUGUUUAGAAUUAACAAUUUAUCUAGAAAAACGAAAAUUUCGAAAAUGUCAAGAAAUCGUUUAAAUGAAAAAACCUAAGAUGUAGGUGUAUAGAAAAUCUAUCAAUGAAAAAAACUAAGCAAAUACAACGGCACAAGUAGAAUAACACUUGACAAUAGCCCUCGAGGGAAUUUUACGCUUAAAUGUCCUUUGGAGAUAAGCGUGUUAUCAGGUAUGGCUGUUAGCCAAGAGCCUACAUUUUGAGCAUAACUCAUAAAACGGUUUCACGAGAAUCGGCUGUAUUUUUCCCGUUCGUACAUUGGUUGAGAUGCGGUAGACCAAGGCAAAUAGGAGUUCGCUUGAUUUCACCGGAAGAGACGUCAUAAAAAUAGAAGUUUACACAAGGUCACAUGUUCGCAGGCUGGUCAGUUACCAAUAAAUCUGAAUAGAAUUGGCAGGUGUAGUCGUAAACACACCAUUUUGUGUGUAUAUUAAGACUUUCCUUCGACCAAAUUUCCUUGCGGUUUAUCGAUAUGCUGGAGUGCGCUGAACCUCAGAUCGUCCUCGAAAUAUCGGUGAAUAUUUCGCGACUAUAAGGGUUUUUAAUGGACUGCCCGUAAGGGUAGAUUCUGAGUUAUGUGUUUAUCAAAACCUUCAAAAUAAGAUAUUCCUUGAAAGCGUUUACCAAAGUUACUGCUAAGACAGUUAAUUUUCAGCCUCUUCCGUUUCUCAAUUACGUUUAUGUGGAAACUAGCGUUUAAAAAAUAUCGUGCCAUACGAUGAGAGUUAACAAAGUCACUUUGGCGGAGGGCCCUCUAGCGGUAAGGUACUGAGUAUUCUCAAGGGGCAGGAAAGUGUUCAACCGUUUAAGCAAACGAUUGCAUAUAGGCGUUUUCACUGCGUUUUGGGCCAUAAAAUCACACAGAUUAGUAACCCCGAAUUUUUAGAAUCAAUGAAGUGUCUGAUUUUCCAAAAAUACCCUGCAUACACACUGCAACAUCUGUCUUACAUGGAGAAAAAAUUGGUUUUCAGGUGCAGGAAGUUUCGUUUGGCAAAACUCUCGAGUUUAGCUUACCUUUCUCUAGUAGAAACACGCGCAUGAAUGCGUAAACGUAAUCUACGACAGCUAUUAUCACAGGAAACUACCCUAAUAUAGGGUAAAGUAAAUCUCCUUCCACGUUUGCGAAUACUUCGACUGACGAAAUUAUUUAUGAACUUAUCCGGCACGUAAAGAGGACACUUUUGGGGACGGACUAGACGUGUGCAACGUUUUAGAUGGCUAAAAUUGAUCGCCUCAAUUCGCGUCAUCGUGUUUCAUAAGCUAAGUCACAUAAUACCAUACGUUAUUAUUCAAAUAAACCCGUCACAAGUGUCAAGACUUGGAACGUUUUACUUCGGAUAAACUGCUUCACAUGAAGGUACUUAUGUUAGAUCAUUUUCGAAAGACUAGAUGGAUAUGAGAGACUGUGUAAACUUGAUAUCCUAAAUUCGUUAUGCUGGCUUGGCAUAAGCCACAGUUUCUGGCAGUCAGUCUGAACCUGCCACACCCCCUUUACAAAUAAAAUACUGAAGAAUGCUACAAAAGUGGAGAUUUUCCGGUUGGAAUUGCUUUGGGUGAGGACUAUUCAAGCCAAGGAACGCAUUUUCUCUAAUCAAAAGUGAUUCUCUUAGGAAUUCAUCGUUUCACUUGAUAAAUAUGAAAUGCGUCACAUCGUGUUGAAAACUAUCUUGAGAUGUUACGUUGUCCCUCGCCGGAAUGUGGAGAAGUGCUCCGCGCGCCGUGGCGCCUCAACGCACAAAAGCAAGGAAAUUUCUAAAUCAAAGCAAAGUCUGGGAGACCUGACACAUUUUGAACUGCAGUUUUUUGUCCUAUCAUGGCGUCAUAUUUCGAUUAUUAACCUGAGUUCGCUAACAUAAGUGCAAACAGAUAUUUGCCUGGUCAAUAGUUUGGAUAGAUUACUUGCACAUACUUAUUGCUACGCACCGAAAAGCAUUCACGGUAAAAUCUAAUUUCGUAGCCGCACCUAUUAGGGGUUAGGUUUAAGGGUUAGGGGGGUUAGGGUUAACGUUAGGGGUCACGUUUAGGGGUUGGGGUUAGUGUUAGGGCUUAGGGUUGGGCUAGGUGUUAGUGUUGGGGGUUAGGGUUAUGAGUUAGGGCUUAGGGUUAGAGGUUAGGGAUUAGGUUUUGGCGUUAGCGUUAAAUCCCCUAUUGUCCCCGGUACCUUAUGACAGACAACUGGGGCCCGUCUACUGCAGGUGCGGCCACCAAAUAAGAUCCGACCGCAUUCACCCUCAAACUUUGUCCAAAUUGGAGGAGUUUCGCACUACAAGUCUUGGAGGUGAUGGAGGCUACUUUGAUUAAUUUAUGUUUUCACUUAGGUUGCGUGUUUGUUUUCACCAAGAUUUAAUUUCGAAUAUGCCUAUGCGUUUGAGGGCUAGUUUUCUGGCCAAUUAUUGCAUUUUUUGCGCUUUUCUGAGUUGGGCCCUGGAAUAGGGAUCUCUCCUUGCCCUAAAUUCCAGGAGUGUUUGAGUUAGGCUUAAGGAUAACGUUAGGUUUAAGGUUUGGGGCUAGAAAGGCAAGCUGCGAGGCUACCUGCAGUACUGAGGGGUUCAUAAGCCGAGCCUUUUCUAAACUGAAACCUCAAGAGGAUGCAUAUCGUAGGGCAAGUAGAUCAAGAGGAGUGCAAGAAGCGUUUUGAUAGUAGGCAGGUGCGGCUGCUUCGAAACUGACCGAUAGUAUAGUAUGACAAUCUUCAAGAACACCGUGAAACAGCAAAUGGACACCUUUCGAGUUUCUCAUAAGUCCCAUUUCUGUUACAUGGAACCUAAAAGAUUCAUUUGGCAGAAUUAAAGAUGACUCUACCAUGCAAAAUUGACAAAUCUCAAUUUGUAGAAUUUUUCCGUGCCCACUAUGGGUUAGUAGUGGCGGUUAGAUGAUGUGUGCCUUGAGGAGGCGAAGUAUGUACGUGGAAUAGGGGGAAAAUAUAAACUCCAUGGGGAACAGGACGUCGUUACAGAUCAAGAAACUAACAUAUAAUGGCAGGUGGCGCUCACCGAUCACUCUUACGGAACUCACUACUUCCGUUGUGCCUUAUGGGCUCUAUUUCGAGCCCAACCAACAGCCGCACAGUGGCGCAUGAUAUAGGCAGUAUAUUAUUACCGACGGAGACAAGGGAGACUGGAAUGGCCAUUUCUGGCUUAUUAACCGUCGUCAACCAGUCAUACCCAACCCCGAAGUGUGGAACACCCGAGGCUCGAGCCACGAGCCCGUUGCCCUAUCGAUUUUCGAUCGGGAAUAUACAAUGGUAGGGGGCGCUCACCGAUCGUUCUUACGGAACUCACUCGUUCCGUUGUGCUUUGUCUUUGUCGGUAAUAACAUACUGCCUAUAUCAUGCGCCGCUGUACGGCUGCUGGUUGGGCACGAGAGAGAGCCCUUAAGACACAACGGAACGAGUGAGUUCUGUAAGAACGGUCGGUGAGCGCCUCCUACCAUUGUAUAUUCCCGAUCGAAACCGACAGGGCAACAGGCGCGUGGCCCAGUGGUUAGAGGCGUGCAUUUCUAACUAGCUGAUCGCGAGUUCGAGCCUUGGGUGCUGCACACUUCAGGAUUGGGUAUGACUGGCUGACGACGGCUAACAAGCCAGAAAUGGUCAUUCCAGCUAACAUAUAUCCAGAUGGAAGACAAAAUAAAUUUGGUGUAGUUGGCUUCUGCCUCCAAAAAUUGGUACGAAGGUUCCAUAAACCGGAGUUUCUGUCUAGCCAACAGCCCGCAGUACUCGGUGCCAGAAAUUGGGUUUGGACUGUCGUUGGCUGCUCACGGCAAAUAAGUCAGAAUUGCCGUUCUGGCGUCCCCUGCUCCCCCCCCCCCCCGCAAUGCAUCUCGAUAUUUAAUGUACUGACACGGAGGACUGUGUCAGCCAGCGGGUUAGCGAUGUGCCAGGUGGUCAGACGCGGCCUAGAUGCUGCUUACUGAUUCAGUCACGCCUGUAUGGCGCAGGUGUGGGAGGCGUGUGCGGCGGCGUUGGCGCCGGUCAUGGGGACAUGACGGCCUAUCGUCACAGUUGUUUAUGAGCCUACGACGUGCUGCCAGGAGCGGCGCCACCUCAAUGGCCGCCCAAUCUAGGUGCCCCUCGGCCGUCCCGUCUCGGGGGGCCAGGCGCCGGGGCCCAGACUUGGGCCAUAGCAACGGAGCAUAGCUGCUGUCUGACAUGUUGGGGGCCGCGGGCCUAGUGUAGGCGGCAAUCGCCCGGCGCCAGUCGACACACUUGGUGAAGGGGGUUGGUCGAACCGGGCGCAGGACACGAAUUAAUCGGGCAGCUGGCAAUCCGAAAGGGUCAGCGGACGCGUACAAACGCGCAAAAGUAGAAGACGGCAGCUUCUGGCCUAUCAAGUUGAACAUCAGACUGAAGGAGCUGCAGGCUGAGCCAACAGUGUGGAGGUAGUGAUGAGGGGGGGGGGAGAGGGGAGGGAUAGCGUGGCCGCUCUCAGUGAACGUUACGUCCAGCCGAUUCAUCUCGGUUGAGGAGGGAGACAGAUGUUUAGUAAGAGGGCCAAGCAUUUGCUUAUUCUGCCCUCGGACGUGAAAGAAGAACGAUUUAAGAGAAGAUGGGUCCAGGAACAGGUUUAGCUCGAUCUUCGUUAGUACCAGACGCGGGUAGUUCCCCCAGUGAAUGAAGAUGGGGUGAACUAGCCUGACCGUACAUCCGCACAAGAACUAGCUAAAGACAAAGACGCCUGGUUUGAGUUUUAUCCAGUUGGUUACGGGGGGCUUUGUGUUCGGCGCUUCACUUGCUGCCCCAUGUGCGGCGCAUUUACUGAUAUACCCUGAAUUCGGGGCGGAAAUAGGCGAUUCACACUGCCUGCGGUCUAUGGCAGAUACGGACCGCGUUGUGUGUGGCACGUCACUGCAUCCGUUCCAAGUUUCGGUCGUCUUGACGUUGUCUUGCCACCGAAACAAAGAAGGUUAGGAGGAGAGAGUGUGGUAGAUGCUGGAGAAAUCUGCCUCAAUUCACGUUCAAGUCAGCCGUGCCAAGCCACACAUUACGUACUACGCGAUGGAUUUCGUCCCUGCGACGGCCAAACUGUCACAGCCCACAUAGGCGGUCAUGGGAGGACCAGCUCAAGCUAUGCUGGGUCGACACAUCGUGCGGACGGAUAACGAGCGCUUGUCGGAGCGAUUCUUCCAUAAGAACAUUCCUACGCCUAGUCUGAACAAGAUAGACCGAACUGACGCUAAAAGGGCACUUUGAAGACAGCCUAAAACGAAUCCGAACUAACCAAGAACCCUGGGAUCAACAGGCAUGUUGAAAAGUCGUCAAAAAUGUGACAGCGCUUUUCAAGGCCAAUCAAACAGAGUAGGUACGCAACGGUCUGGUUGUGCAAUCACGAAUCCAUCGGAGAAUAAUUGUAGCCACAUUUUCAGGCACAGCCCGAAGACAUUUAGCCAACAUGGGGACCCUUACGAUCGUGUGUGCAAGCAGUUGGGCCGCCCAUCAUGUACACGCGUGCUAUUCAAUGGUGUUUGUCGGCACCUAUAAUAACGUGUGAACUGCUAUAUCGACAUGCAGUCGGCAUGCGCACUUGACAGGCGACGAGCGGAGUCUGUACACCACGCCAGCCACCAAUUUCAGAAUCAGACAGACUACAGGCCAUAGGUGGGGCAGAGGGCUUUUCUCAUAGGAAAUCAGCGCAUUCUCCACCAUAGUAAGUCCAACGCUCUUGAAAACAUCACGAUGAACAAAAAUUCAUCGCUGGGAAUGUUGCAACUGACAGGAUACCUCGUUCAGCCCUAGGAACAAAAGGCCAUCUGCAAUGAUUUCUCCUUAAUGUGGCCUCAGUGGCAUCCUCCACUUCUGUGAGAUCCGAGCCUCUUUGGAUCACGUGUCAGACGGAGAAUUUAUGUCCUUGACUUGAAUUGGACAAGCCACUGGGUUAGCAGUCAGAGAAAGGAAGGUGAGGUAAAUCCGAUCCUGAUCCAGAACUUACUCCCACACUACAAUUAACCAGGUGUGCGUUUAACCUAUCGUGACGCGCCCACGGCCAUGCCCUGAAGUACAUCACUGACGAAGACAAGGGAGAUUGAAGUGGUCAUUUCUGGCUUAUUAGCCAUCGUCAGCCAGCCAUUUCCGAUCGCAACCGACAGGACAAUGAGUCCAUGACUCAGUAGUUAGGGCAAUAAAAUUCCAACCAACAGGUGGCCUCAAGUGCCGCGCACCUCGAAGUCAAGUAUGGCUGACUGACGAGGGCUGAUAAGUUAGAAACCGCUACUCAAGUCCACCUUGUCUUUGUCGGCAAUAGCACUCUGCUCAUAUUACGCGUCGCUAUGCGGCUGCUGGCGGGCUCGAGAGAGGGUCCCAAGGCGGAACGAAACGAGUGAGUUCCGUAACGCGAUCGGUGAGAGCCCCUCUACCGUGCCGACUGUUGGGAUAAGUCUGUCCAACCCAGGACUGAGGGUCCGGCCACAGUGACACCACCACGUAGUCUUCACUGCAUUGUCGACUGCGUGCUUUGCGGGAUUCCUGCUCGGAAUGAAGUCUAGGUCAUGCGUAACACUAGUAGCCGGGACGUUUAGCUCUAUCAGCCACCACACCCAAUCUAACCUCCGAUCGCAUCGAUUUUGUUUUUCCAUCAGAGAGCGUUAAUUGGGAGUAAGAGUGGGUGUGGAGGAUAAAACAGAAGGUCGUUUUAUUAUAAAUGACACAAUGAGUGAGCCAGGACUGAGCCACAUGUUGGGGCAUCGAUGAAACCCCCCCUGAUCUAUAUUUGGAGAAGUUUUUCGGCAAAGACAGGACCCCGGAAUGACCACUUCUGUUAUAUUUGCAGUCCACGGUUGGUAAUACUAAAGCCCCAAGCGGCACGGCAGAUUUCCGAACCCGAGUCGCCCGAUUAUAGAACACCACACUCCCAGGUGAGCUACAGUCCUAAUUUAGGCCACCUGGAAUAUGAAAUCACACAGAGGAGGCGUGCAAAGUUCUAUUCUGUGUAGGGGGCGAAAAUGGACAUUUAUUUGACCAAUGACGUACACAGACCAGAAAUGGCGUUCGGUGUCGCCAUCUCUGUUGAUAAAAUGCUUGGGUGAUUGAACUAGUCGCCAUACGACCACCCGUAUAGCCUUGGCUGCAAAAUUAAAUGGACUUGGCGAGGUCGCAAUGCACGGCUGCAUUACAGUAGCUGACCAAAUUCACGAAAUUUAUAUCGGAAUUCUGAAAUGUGUUUUUGAUUAUAAAAGACUACUGAUUAUUGUGCAGCAUAUUCCCGAGUUAGCUCAGUCACGCCUUGAUGACGACUUUUAAAUGGGCCCAUAUUUUCCGCAUGCGAAAGCCACGAUCGGCACAGGACUGCUUAAGUAGCAUGAAAGUUUCUCUUUGAUUUUCGAUGCCCCCAUAUAUUUAAAUGUAUUUUAUGGAAAAAAUGACCAAAAAUAUUUUUUGUGCUCCUUUGAUGACAAAUGACAUCUUAUUCAACUUUCGUAUUUGAGAACAAGGUGUUUUUCGGAUUAAAAAAGUGGUUAUUAAAAAUUUUUGAGACCGUGGAGUGUCCACUCAUACUGCGUCGUAUCUGCCUGUUUAUUAAUGCUGCUUAUGAGGAACGCAACAUGGGCGGCGUCCAUUGCGAAAUUUUAAGAACACAGAAAAAUAUGCGACUGUCCUCAAACGAACGAUACCCUUUCUUUAAGUAGAACGCUCAAAGAAGACGCCAUGUUCUACCAAACGUAUACUUGAAAGAAUAUUUUUUACAUGCUUCCUAUGAAAUAUACAUGACUUUAUAAUGACAUCGAAAAUAAGUGGAGAGAAUUCAUACUGCUUAAAAGGGCAUUUUUGCCGAGUGCGGUUUUUAAAUGCGGCUGGGAAAAACUGGCCUCCUGGUGUAACUGAAAUAGACUGGGAAUAUGCUGCAUGGUAAUCAGUAUUGUAACCCUACUUGAGUAAUCCCAUCCUAUUUCAUCAGAUAGGCCAGCUACUGCAAGUCGGCGAAAGUCUCAGCCGGGCUUGGGGUAGUUCCUGUGCAGAUCAAAUAUCGAGGCGAUAUGCAGUCAUAAGGAAUUGAUUUAUUGACGCAUCCUGCUGGAAGGUUCUUCUUGCCUGAUUAUUGAUCGCGCUCGUCUAAUCGGUUCAGGCCUGUCAGGGGAUACAUGAUCCUUGGAGAUCUGCCGAAUGUCUAAUAUUGGCGUCAACUACGUAUUUUCGAUACCCGUGAAAUACGCCAGCCUCUGUGUAUUCCCAAAGAUUCGAAACUUUGGCAAAACAAUUUACACCCAGUCUCUGUUCACAUAGUGACUUCGAUAUUCUUGCCGCUGACAAUGAUCGUUGACUCCGAAAGGAGAUGAGGAAAACUGAGCAGAAGUUAAGUAAUUUUGCGGAAACGUUAUGUCAGUCAGGAGAAAAAGAUUCAGAAUUUUGUCUUAUCUGUUCACAUAACGCCUUUUAUGCUCCUGCUGCCCUUUGUUACGUCCAGGAGACGAUGGAGCACUAGAAAAUGGACCCCAGUAUUAUGGGAGGUAAAUUCUAGGGGUCUGUUGGGGCUAAUCUCGGUGCUAGGGUUAUGGUUAGAAGGAUCAGGAUUAUGCUUAGGAUCGUGUGGAUUAUUGUUAGGGUCAAAAUUAGGACACGGGAAUAGGCACCCCCUUGGAAUGCAGUGUAAAGCCACUUAUAGUAGAGGGCUCCAUAUUUCCGUGUUUGACUCAGGCCUGUCCUGCCCUGUCCUUACUUCUGCAGUCGUUAAAAGUCCUUCAACGUGUUCGUAUGUCAGACAGUUAAUUUGCUCAGUCUGUGAAAAGAGCUGGCAGCCCAACACCGUAGCGUGCACUUUGAUCAAGAUUUCCAUGGCUUCCUAGAUAGAACAAACUCACAAAAUUGUUGGCAAGAGCGCACUUCUCUGAGUGGCUUAGUGGAAGAAUUAAUGCCCUAACCACUGGACGCUAGCUGAUUUGAAAUAUCUGCGGCAUAUAGGGGUUGAAUGUGAUUGCGCUUUCAGAUCGAACUACCAGCCGAAAGGUUUUAGGAGAUCAAAUUGAAAAGUCGGCUUUUACGCACAGGAACAGCGCUAGGUGGCAAAAACCGUUAGUGGACUAGUUCAACCCUCGGUUUUCAAAUUUCGAGGGCUUGAAUAAUAAAAAUAUAAACAGCCGAAAUGUUCUAUUAACCAAUGUACAGCAAGGUUUGACAGCAGCGGUAAAUGAGCUAAUGACGGCUGCAAGAAAAGACUAAAGAGUCUGAAUGAUGGGUUAAUUAAAAGAUGGAACCUACUGCAUUCCAAGGCAGUCUAUAACGAAAGUAAUUGUGAAUUAGAAGGAAAGCUGCAAACAAAAAAAAACGUCAGACAAUGGGCCACCAGUACCAUCGUCUCAGGCGACGAUAUCCACCGCGUGUCCUACAGAGUGGACGCACCAUUGAUAACUUGCGCCUAAAUUAGUUCAUAGUGAAGUGGACUCACGCAUCAUCUACUGCACUCUGUCUUGACUUGUUUACAUAGCUCCGGAGGCGGGCUAGGGCGCAAUGGAUGAGAACGCGGAACAUUCUUCUACGCGUGCCACACACACGACCUGGUACUCGACAUUUACUAGUCGUCUGUGAGGACGACCCGGAUCUCACGUGCAUGAAAGUGCCAAAUAGGCCGCUAUCAGAACUUGUCAGUCCGCCGACCACUCCGAAAUACUUCCGUGAAGACCCAGUUGUGCCUUCAGUUGACAAACUCUCAAAUUACGAUCGAUAACGCGUCGCGAUAGAUCCAGUUGCGUCAAAUUUAUUUUAGUGGGAAAUGCUCUGACAUGUCAUGGGGGAUGUAUUUCUCAGCGUCGAUUUCACGCCCUCUUCGCCCAUGCCAUCGAUGACAAAUACAGGACUCAACCUCUCGCGAUUCAGUGUUUAGGAACCGAGAAGGAUUCGAACCCAGAGCAGUGGUAUUGCAUCAAAAAGACCACGGUUAGUCAGAAAAUAUUUAAAAAGAAAUAAACUUAUGAGAAUACAGCAAGCAAAUAACGGAUUACAUUUAUUUUGAAGGUUGAAAUGAAAGCUCAUUUCGGAUAAACAGCUAUUUAAAUUCUCGUGCAUAAAUCUGUCCUGCAUGGAGGGCGCAAUGUGAACCUCCUGUUCUGCCUUGGUGAAUUUCCGAGGAAAUUAAUUCGCAAAGUUGGAGUAAAUCCCUCGGAACAGACCUUUUUAGGCACGGUCCGAAAUUUUAUAUGAAUAUUUGAGCUGAAAUCCAUCAGUCAUUGCGGAAUAAUUGCGUAAUAUUGACAAACCGCCAACAGGCAGCCCGUAGUAUACAAGUGAGUAAUUAUUUACCGUACUGACAACACAGGUACUAGCUUUCAGUUAGAAGAACACUCAGUCAGUUGCUUCACGAAACACGCGUUUUCUGAACUGACAUCUGAAACUGGUGGCGGGAAAUUUUUACAAAAAUAUCACAAGCUCGUGCGAAGUGCCAAGCGUUCGUUGCAAUGAAUGUCAUGCUGUUCAUUCAAGUUAGCUAGCUUGUGUUGUCAGUACGAUAAAUAAAUAAUUACUCCGCUGCCUGUUAGCGGUUUGUGAAUAUUACGCAGUUAUUCCGCAGUGGCUGGUGAAUUUCAGCCCAAAUAUUCAUAUCAAAUUUCGGACUGUGACUGAAAAGGUCUGUUCCAAUGGAUUUACUCAAAGUUUACGAAUUAAUUUCUCCGGAAAUUUAGAAAGACAAGGUGAAAAUGGAGUUCAUGUAUGAGAAAACACGCUGAGAAGGCUGGGGGACCCAUCGAUAAGCCGAAUCUCUCGCGGCUGCCCAGGCAGCAGAGGAUAGGCGAGACGCGCCUGUCUGGGCGUUUAGCUAGCACCUGCAUUGCCAGUACAGUAAAUGAUUACACAACCUUCGGUUCCCUCCGCAACUGCGAUCUACAGAGGCCUAAUGUUUGGUGGUCUAAUAAGUACAAUCCACAAAGCGGAAGUUCUGACGGUAAAAAGACGAUGCGCCUAUGAAGUGUUUGUCGAUAAUUUAAGAUCACGGUCAUUAUCGUCGAUCAUUCAUCUACGGACACAACAAUGCGUCGGUGAAGGUGGCGCCGAUGAAUGUAAGCCUCCCGCCGUCAACUCGUGAGGUUGCUUUCUAAUCGGCACUUUGGACAGCCUGCCCCCUCCCCCUCAUCUGCCGCUGACCUGAUACAUCUAACACGGCUAUAAACUCGAAUUUAAGACGCUUGUGGACGCAAAACAAAAGUAGGCCCCGGGUGCCGGCUGACUGAUCGUCCAACUAUGUUUGAUUGCUGCCCACGCAAUUUGGAAUGUCGCUUCCGCGGCCGCCUAUGCUGAGGCACACCCGGACCCCGUUGCGAAAAUGCAGUCAAAAUUAUGACUGCUCCCGGUCUGGUGAUUGGGCUAAAGGUUUUUUGGGGGGAGGGGGGAUACAGUUCCUUCCAAGCGCCAUUCAAUGGACCCAGUGGAGUCUGAACAAAAACUAUCGAAUUCGCGCAUCGUGCUCCCCGUCCAGGUAUUUAAAUAUAUGGAGGACUAAAAAGGAUUCUGACACCAGGUUGAACAUUUUGCCCGUCAAUUUCAACUACGUCUGAGUAUUCGCGUUUUUGCAGGCCAGGCGAUUGUGUUUAGAGCAAGCGCUGGACCCUACAAUACGCUUCCUGACUCAUUAAACCCUUAUCGAAAAAACACUUCGUCAGUUGCUUCACGAAACACGCCUUUUCCGAACUGAUAUCUGAAACCGCUGGCAAGAGAUUUUUUAUAUAAAUGUUAAAUGCGAAAUGCUAGGCGUUCGUAACAAUAAAUUUCAUAUUGCCCAACUGGUCAUUUCGGUUUAGUGUAUUUGAUUGAAAGUGGACGUACAGUAGAUGUCUUAUCGCGUAAAAUGUCAACUGAAAUCCGGAAAUAUGUUUUGAUUUGAAAAUAUUACUUAAGUGGGGGGUAAACUUAGUUAUCAUACAGCCAAAUCUUAAGAUAUUUCAGCCACAUCAGGAUGCCGGUUUUUCAGGAACGCUCUUCGGCCGUCUGAAAAAACUACACUCUUUAAAAAUGAAUGGUUAAAUGGUAUAAAUUUUUCCAACUGAUUUCUGAUGCCCUUAUAGAUCCAGAUAUGUCAGAUAGAAAAUAUGUACAAAACUAUUCUCUUUUGUGCUCAUUUGAUAACAAAUUACAUCCGUAAAUUUUAUGCGGGAAGAAAAGGUGUCUUCCGGUUUUAGAAAAUUUUUCAAUUGCUGAAUACUUUUCUCCCAUUUUUUAAUAUUAGUGGAAAAAAUCCUACUUAUUCAGUAGUCAUUUUUUACAAUCUAUAAUUUUUGCAGACGGCUUAAAUACCUUGGGAUUAUUCUGCGCGACAAUUAAUAUUGCAGUUCUACUAAAGUAGUCUUUUAAAAUCGAGAACGCAUUUCAGAAUUUCGAUCAACAUUUCAUGUAAUAGCACAUCUACUCUGAAUAGGGAGCCCAGCGAAACAAGGCAUCUUGUUCAGCUAAAAUAGCAAACUACGUCAAAAUAAUUGGGUCAGAAUCUGAGAGGUUACCUUCCUGGAAAGGUCGUUGUAAUGGGUUUUAUUUCUGCACAAAAGCACACAAAGCAGCUGGCAAUCUAUGCUAACGGUUGGUGCUGUUGGCUUUCUAACCCUCCUCUGAGCACAAUAUUUGUGAGUAGGUGUGGGAUGGAAAAACUGUCCUGAGAUAUUGUGCGGAGAAAGUGGACAACACGGCGACUUGUAUGAACAAAAACAAUUAUCCCCUCCUCAAAAAUGCCUCGAUUAUUGCAUACUUCCAUUUAAACCUUAUCUUCUUCGUAAUUUUCCUACAGAUAGUUUUAUACUUGUGCGGGGAUAAGAAACUCUGAAGCAGGCUUUUCCAAGAGAUUCAAUGUGGCAUGGGGAGACUAGGCGGAAUACAAAAUUCCAUUAGCUUGCUAUCCUUCGGGAUUCUGUUUUUUUGCCCGAAAUUUAUCUCUCCCAUCCUCCGUUCUCAGCCAGCGUUUCUUUCUCCCCCCACGGACUCAGAUCGUUGUCGUUUUUGCAAAAAAUGUACUCAGCCAGUGGUUGGAGUCAUUAGUACUGAAGAGAAGCUGAAAACGAAUUGACAGCUGCCUGUUUGCUCCGAAUCAGUCAACCUGUCGAGGCAGAGGGCUGCCUACUAAUGCACUCAAGUGAGUUCCAAACCUACCGCUCAGAUAGAUAAGAUAAGAGCAUAUAUUUGCGGCGCACGAAGGGGGAAUAGACUCGCCAGUCUUGAGUGCCAGCCCUAGACCGCAGUCAUCUAGUUCGUGGUGGGCAGGAGCGGGGUCGAAAGGGGAAGGGUGGGGGGCUAAAGUGAUACUGCGCAGAAAUCGGAGGCCUUCAGUUUUGUCCUAGUUCUGAGCCGUUUCCAGAGCUAAAUAUUUUCUGCUGAAGGCAAAGUGGUCACAAAAAGACUCAUCUGCCUGACAGCAGUCCGUAGGCUUAGAGCACCGACUGCCGCCUUUUCGAAAACUAAUCGGAUUCAAGAGUCGUAAAGUGCGCACGGGGGUGGUGACGGAGAAUCGGACUUGCACUGUGUCUAUCUCAUUCUCUCUGUCUCUCCCCUAUCCACCAUAUACAAAUGACAAGAUAAAUUCACGAUGACUAAUGAUGGGCAUGAACCAAAAGAGGUAAAAAACCACUACUCGCACUACAUGGUCUAGUCAUUGACUCCAUACGAACCAGGAAGAUGCGAUCAUGGACUUGGCGUAUGGGAGAGGUACUACAAAGGCCACAUUGAUCGAAAGGGAACUAAGCGCCGCGUCAGCUGGCAACUCCUAGAGCGAUAGAGCAGCUUCACACGCGUCCAAUCUGGUAAAUUCGAAGUAAUCUAGUCUGGUUGUUGGACAACCUGAGGGUCACCUUGCCGGCGUCUUUAAGCUCAUGUUCAUCGCGCUGGCGCGUUUGAGGUCCUGGCUUUGGGGCGCCGGACCCAACCGUUUCUAACGUGUCCCGUCCUGCAACCAGGUCCACUCUGUGCACCUUACCUGUAGCACAAACACUCCCAAGCUCGGCCGAUGGAAUACGAAUGCGCGGCUUGGCGCAGAGCUAGGCGUUGGGUGGAAACGGGAACAUUUUCGCCCUGUGUAAUGACUUGCUUCACCAACGGCGCCAAAAUUCAGCCGGCUGUGACCGUAUCAAAGUGCCUGCUACCCCUGUCAGCGACAGCCUUUCUUGUGCGCAAGUUGCGUAUUUCUCAUCAUUGUUAGAGUUUAAAAAUUUUCAAACAAUUUUUGCUAUGACUUGAAGGAAUCAAGAUGUAAGGGUUUAUUAUUUUGUGCGUUCCAAACUGUCGACAUCCAGAAGAGCACUUUGGUUCAUGCGAAGAUGUUUGCAUCUAAAAACACUAUCUCCUGAAUAUCACUGCGUAUACUGAGUUGCGGUGAGAGGGAGAUGUCGCGUUUUGUUUUCUUCAAAAUUACUCAAGAGACAGUUUUAACGCGAGUCUUGGACAAACAACCUUAAAAGCCACGUUAAGAACAACUACAGUAGAUGUGCUAACUCACGAAAUAUUAACCGACAUUCCGAAAUGCGUUUUCGACUCAAAAAUAUUACAUAAGUAGGGUUGCAAUUUUAACUGCCGUGCAGCGUAAUCCCAAUAUAUUUCAGUUACUCCGGGAUGUCGGCUUUAGACCAAACUUCUUUCGGGGCGCCUGUGAAAACUACACUCUGUAAAGAAGGGAAACUCAAAUAUUCUAAAAUUUUCUCCCCGAGUUUUGAUGCUCAUAUAAAUUCAAAUACAUUACGUAGAAAACAUGCAUAAAAAUAUCCAUUCUUUUACUCGUUUGGUAGAAAAGUACGACUUCUUCAAAUUUUACACUUGAAUAAAGAUUGUAAUUCGGUUUCAAAAAACAUUUCUAAUUUCUGAAUAGUUCUGAACCCGACCUGCAGUUACACUUGCAGUCAGGGUUUCUAAACUAUAAACUGUGAAUUUUCAGUGUGCGUAAAAUCGUACAUUUCUAUAACCUACUAAGAGGAGCGCAUAUUGGGUUCAUAAAGUUUAACAGUGGGUCCGAACCAUAUUGCAAACCCUACAAGCAACAUUAGUUAAUGCAGCGACACGAUGUCUUAUGAAAGGACAUUUCAUAGGCUUAAAAACCUCAUAUUUAGACAUUUGUCUGGAAUGGAAUCAUAAUCUUUCCUCAAGUAUUAGGUUUAAACAAGACGUAGUUUUCUACCAACUGAGCAAAAGAUUGUCUAUUUUGAUGCCUAUUUUUUAUGAAAUAUAUUUAAAUUUAUAUGAGCAUCGAGAAUCAGUCAGAAAAACUCAUACUAUUUAAGUAGCCAUUUUUACAGAGUUUAGAUUUUGCAGGCAAUCGGAAAUAAAAUUGUUCUAGAAUCGGCAUCCGGAAGUAAUUUAAAUAUCUUGGGGUUGUUCUUCACGGUAAUUAAUAUAGGAGCCCCAGUUAAGUAAUCUUUUCAAGUCGAAAACGCAUUUCGGAAUUUCGGUUAACAUUUCGUUAGUUAUCGCAUCUACUGCAUUUUGUAUCUCCGACCGCAACCGACGAAACAACAGACCCCUGCUUCCAUGGUAGAGAGUCGGACUUAAACGUUUAGUGAUCAAAGAUCCCAGGUCACCCAAGCCCGAGGCUGAUAAGUCAGCAAUGGUCAAUCUAGUCUCUCUCGUCCUUUUCGGAACUCCUUCCUACAAGUACUUUUGUAAGCCACUUAAGCGCUCUGGUAAUGUCUAGCAGAGGUUCAAGUUAGGGGACAGGAAAAUGUAGAGGAAGUAAUACUUUUGAGUAAGUUUUUGGGAAGCGGCCAGCAAUUCAAGGACGCACUGCGGAAGCCCCGAAAAGCAGAGCAGUCAAAGUAAUUCGAUCUGACAUACUUCACAUGUCCAUCGAAGAUGAGGUAGAUAGGAAAGAAUCCAGGGGCCGGAUGGUUUGAAUCCUCUGCUAACCGUCGUCAAUGCAGUUAGUUGUAAUCGAGUUGCGUAGCAGUUACACAUGUUGACGUGGAGACGAUUGCAGUCUCUCCUAAUGACCUACAGUAGAUGUGCUAACUCAUGAAACGUCAACCAAAAUUUCGAAAUGCGUUCUCGUUUCGAAAAGAUAAAUUAAGUAGUGUUGUAAAACUAAUCAUGAUGCAGCAUAAAUCUAUAAUGAUUCAGUUACCUCAGGGUGUCGACUUUCGAAAGAACUUAUUUUCGGCUGCAUGCAAGAUCUAUACUCUGCAAAAAAUGACUACUUACGUAGUAUGCCAUUUUCUCAUUGAUUUUCGAUGUCCUUGAAAAUUCAAUUUUAUUUCAUGGAAAACAUGCAUAAAAAUAUUCAUUCUUUUACUUAUUCGUUAGAAAAUCACGUCUUCUUUCAAUUUUAUACUCAAAAGAAGAGUAUAAUUCGGUUUAAAAAAAAACUUUUCUAAUUCCCGAAUAAUGUUGAACCCGACCGGCUGUUACACUUGCAUUCAGGGUUUCAAAACUACAAGCUGUUUAUUUUCCGUGUACGGAAAACCAUGCAUUUCUCUACGGUGUUAAGAGGAGACCAUAUGAAUUUCAUCAAAUUAAGCAGUGGAUUUGAGCAAUAUUGUUAACUUUAUAAGCAACAUUCGUAAAUGCAGACAGAUGACGUUUCAUGAACGGCCAUUUAACGGUAUUAAAAAAUCUCACAAUUAGAAACUUUUUUGAAACCGAAUUAUACCCUUCUUUCGAAAAUAAAAUUGGGAGAAGACGUGAUUUUCUACCGAAUAAUUAAAAGAAUAAAUAUUUUUAUGCAUGUUUUCCAUGAAAUAUAAUUGAAUUUUCAAGGGCAUCGAAAAUCAAUGAGAAAAUGGCAUACUACGUAAGUAGUCAUUUUUUUGCAGAGUAUAGAUCUUGCAUGCAGCCGAAAAUAAGUUCUUUCGAAAGUCGACACCCUGAGGUAACUGGAUCAUUAUAGAUUUAUGCUGUAUCAUGAUCAGUUUUACAACACUACUUAAUUUAUCUUUUCGAAGCGAGAACGCGUUUCGAUAUUUUGGUUGACAUUCCAUGAGUUAGCACAUCUACUGUAUAAGUCCUUUCCUCGGUGUGCGAUAACGGCACGUAGGUUCCAGUCAGAUAUUCCAAAAAGUGGAUAUAUUUGCAUUUAAAUUUUAAUCAGUUGUCUACUAAACACUCCUAUUUAAAAAUGCCUAACAAACAUUAUUGGCCUUCCCUCUGGAGGUAUAGGAAAAAGUAAAUAUAUGUUACCCCCAGUAAAGUGUUUGGUAACUUGUAGGAGUCCACUGAGGCCUUCUUGAGUCGCGUGGGACUUAGAACGCAAAAGCACCGCAGUUCUGGUGGACGUAAUCAAACUGAGAAUUGACUUUGAGUGCAGGGCACAGUUGUCAGGACAGCGAUCUCUUGGCAGUUUGAUGAAUCAGGACUGCGAUAAAGACUUUUCAAGCCACCGGUUCUCGCCCUGAGGCAGAACAUGGUAACUGACGGCCAGAGGGGUAAGCCCAUGGCAUAUAAAUUGCAGUAAGCCUAUGCAUCCCAUCAGAAAUCGAAUUCAGAACAAGGCAAGGCAGGAGGGGGGGGGGAUAUCGAGUUGGAUAUUUCUUUUUUGAGCUUAAAAACCGGCUGCCAACGAGAUCUCAGCGACAGCUGCUUCACCGAUGUUGUACAACGCGUUAGCCAUUAUUAAUUGAUGAAAUACCACUGGUUCUGCACCUCUUAAGGUUUCUAAUUUGCCCUUAAAAUCCAGGUCACAUUCGCGUUUAUUUAAGGUGCUGAAAGACAUUUUCAUAAUGGCCCAACAGUUGGAAACUCGGCGCCUCGGUGGGAUUCGAAUCCACGCAGUCAAGGGAAGGCUUUAGUACAGCCCACGCUUUAACCACUUGAGCUACGAGGCCCCGCCGGACGACGCGAGUUAAUUAAAAUUUGAGCCAAAUUACCUGCCCAACCUACUGCAACGUCAGGAAUCCACCAAAUUUGAUACAGUAAGUUGACUGCCCAAGCAGGAUUUCCUAAGUAAUUCACCUGGAAUUCACUAGAAUACCACCAGGCUCACGUAAUUCAUUACUUGCGAUUGGUUAACAGAGGGUGAGGAGAGAGUGAACACAUAUUCGUCAGCUGUAGCAUCUGUAGCUAACUGGGUUCGCAGAAUGAGAACAGGAUGCGUGGGAACCUCCCUAGUUUUUUCUGAUGGGAAGGGGUGCGGGAAGCUAGGUUUGUGCGUGGCUUAUGAGAGACGAACGAAAUUGACGGCCAUUGCAUCCGCAUAUCCCCCCGUCCCCUAUACGUAGUUGUAACGACGAGCCCCCCAGGAUCGAUUGAGUUUGAAACUAGUAAGUUUACCAAACAGUGAUUCAUGUCGCGCACAAGUCAUGAUCGCUGCCAUGGAGCAUGCCCGGAUGUGAUUUUUUAAUCGAGCAUCACGAACGAUCUGACACCUUCCAAGCCCAUCCGCUGAGUGACAGGGAAGUUGGACUCAUUUUGCAUGUGGGUCUGUCUAACGCCAAGGCUGUCGGUUCAGUUUCCAGUAUUUGACCUACAACGACAUCAGACAUCUGUAAACAGACCGACUGGAUGGUGAGGAGCCGUUGGAAACUGGAGGUCAAGUCUGUCCGUCUGCGUAAACAAAGUAGGUUUCAUAGCUUACAGAACACACCCACAGAUAUCCAGAAAUUAGAAUCUAUGAUCUGCCUUGCAAAACCACAGGACCGCGUUCAGUGUGCAGCCGUACGAUAGCUUUGCUUGAACAGAAGCGAAAAGAGUGCACAAAGCGACAAUUUAAAGAAUUCCUAUUUUUAAAAAGCGUUGUCCUUGAAAAUGGACAAAGGGCGUUAAACUUUACUGUACGUCUGAUUGUAUGGAUUAUUCUGGACGGCCAACUAAGGAAUCCUAUGGGCCAGCCUAUGGUUUUGACCAACAAUAUGAUUUCUAAGGCAUACAGUUAUGUUCCAGUAAUGUCUGUCCUGAAGACGAAGAUGCGAUCACUGGAACAAGAAAUUUAUUGGCCUGACGGUUCGGAUUCUCACUCGAAUCCAUCAUCAGAGACAGACCCAAUGUCUGUCCUAUUACGAUGCACUACUCAUCUAAAACCGAGAAAAUGCGAGGAGGCCAGUUGAAGAGAAGAUAAUGAGGCCGAUUAAAUACCAAAAAGCGUGACAAAUUUAUCGCCUAGGAAUUUCUACUCAUAUUAGAUGACGCCGGCAGUUUCCCGCCAAUCAAGACAACCAACACUACUAACCAGAGGAAAAGUAGUCACGUCUGUGCGAAUUGAGUUGUGGCAGGAGAGGGGGGUUCACAAAGCACUGAGCCCUCUUUCUGUUCCUGCACGCAUCAUGUUACACUGGCUCGGCCAGGGCAACUGACAAUGGACGUGAACGCAGCGGUCCUUAUUACCAAAGUCGCUUCUCUGUGUGCCGUCGAUAUACAUCGGACCCUGGAUCGCAAGUCGCAAGAGUCGACAUUUUGAAAAGGAGUCACAGUAGUCCGAAUCUUGACCUCCUAGGUCGAGAUAUCCUGUUAGUUAGGACAUUCUGGUAAUUAAAAUACGCGUUAGUCUGCAGAUAGAGAAGCAGGACCGCUCAAACUCAGUCUCCUUCCUUCCAGUGCCACUGAGUUCCAGAUGCAUGAUUGAAUUGAGUUGGCUGGACACACAUUUACGCACACGGAUGCACCGGACAAUUCAGCCCAUCUCUUGCACAUCCAACCAGCGAUGGUCCCUGGGCAGAACCAGAUACCUAACCGGAACUACUCUGACUACAGCGCGUUGGCCCUAUUUUUCGUUUGAUGCAACAGUACCAGGCGGUUCGAAGGUGCUUAUGAUAAAAUGGACGUUUCGCUUAAGCCAUCCAUCUUAUACUCAUGUUCAACACGAUGUCUCCGGAAGUAAGGUUGAUUUGCAGCGACAUGUCUUUUGGUUUUCAAGCGACAGGACCACUUUGUGCAGUAUUAUGGCUUUACGAAGUGAAACAUUAACUGCCUUUCUAAAUGUCCGUUGAGCAAGAUCCUGUUUCGUAGCCAUACCGGUCAGAGGUUAGGUGUUGGAGUUAGGGGUUAGGCUGGGGCUUGUCUACGGCAGGUACAACUACGAAAUAAGACCCGAGCGUCCGAACAUAAUUUAACAUACUUUGUAUGCCGAACGAAAUAAUGUUGACUAUUUGCUUUUAACAGCUUGAAGGGGUCUUUUUCAACUUAGUCAAUGUUUUAAUGAAUCAGCCCUAUUGUCCCCGGGCGGUGUCCAACUUAUCUGCUCAUUUGCGAGACGAGUUUUUAAACGGCGAAACCCACAAACACCUAGCUGAAUCUAAUGACUUUGCGCGCAUGCGGAUCAGAAGGCAGUCAUCCUCUCCCAGGGAAUAACAUUCAGCAGAAAGCGCUCUGAUGGGUAUUGUUUACAACUGAAACAGCAGUCUAUUUCUGACCUGAUUAGAUGUGCCACAGCAUUAUAUGGACAUCUUGCAGACAAAAACCAAAGAUGAAGUAACGGCAGCAGAUUUUGACGCCCCCUCUACCGGUUUGAUUGGCGGUAAUAUUCUGUCCUUGACAGAUGAUCGGAAAAGCACCCGAGCGGACUAAUAAUAAGGGCAAAUGAUUGGUGUCCCUCUCUGGCUUCAGAGGCAGUAUUGUAUUUAGCCUUACAAUACCGACAUAAGCAUCAAUAUAACAGGAAUAAUCAAGUGUCUCAACGAAGUCGGUAGGCUCGAGGGUCUUCAUGCCACUUUAAUGGUUCAGAUUGCGCAUAGAGUCACCUAGAUGAUCUCACACCUACAACGCAGGACUGAUGUCCUCUCUGAUCUAUCCCAUGGGGGACGCAUGUUAGAAGGGCCUACUGACCUGUUGGCAGUUUGUCCUGGUAAGCACCUAAACACAAAGGCGUGUCUGUGUGCGCAUGUGCAUGCAUACUCGCCAGCCGUUCAGGACUUGCCUGAAAACAGAACUGUACACGCGUUAGAGAGAAAACGAGAAUGAACUAGAGGAAGUAGAAAUGGGGGAUGUAAUCAUGUCAUAUGGGUUGCGCAGUGCCAUUCCUCUCGCUCUGUCUCUCUCUGCAACUCCACUCUGUCACCAUCUCACCCGCCCCCCCCUCACCCCCUUUUACCCACGCCAAAGUUAGUCGUGAAUGCUGUCCCCCCCUCACAGUCUCUCACAUGCGGGGUGGCCACCGGCUGUUGGGUGCCGCUGUGCAUUUCGACGGGGCGCGUGAGGCGUGCGCAAUAGACGCCACAGUAUGACUUAACUCCUCAUGAACCCAGAGACCUGCCUUGACGCCAGGGCGUAUGUUGAGGAGAGGAUUGUGGACGCAUAAGUGAAUUGACGCCAGGUAGUGGAAUCCAAAGCGCCAGUUUCACCCCGGCGCCAGACCGCCGGCUGCUCGACCUGGCGCCGCCGCCGUGUCCGCUUCACCAGCACGCGAGCACUUGCGUACGAUCUGGCAGCAGCAAUCGUCGUCACCAGCUGCCCCUGGUCGACGCCAAGGUGAAUGCCUGUGGCGCCCCUUUGAAGGUGCUUGUUGUCGUCGUCGUCGUCGUCGUCCUUGUCGUCGCUGUCCCUGUCGUCGACAUCGCUGUGAGGCACACACGCACACACACACACCCUGUGACGAGGACAAUAAGCCAGAAGAGGCGCCGGUGUUAGAGAGGUGGUGGGGUCUGGCUCUCUUUUCUGCUCAUUGUGGAGGCUAUUGCUCUCUGGCCUCGACACACCCAGAAGCGCGCCGGCACGCUAUGAAGCUGAUUGGUCCAUGGGACUGUUAGCGCCAAUGUGCACCUCGCCGAUUGGCUGGUUGUCAGCUAUUAAAAGAGACCAUUAAAAUAUGUGAAGUAGGUCUGGAUACGACCGACGCCUGAUCGAAAAAACAGUGAAUUGGACAACUUUGACAAAGGCCUUGGUAAGCAAUCCUUUUUUUCCUCUGGAAUCUAGUACGGACGGCCUUGACACGUCUAUACCACCUUUUCCCUUCUCGAAUAAAAUGUGUAGCGUUUUCUAUUAGAGGCAAGAGAGUUUGAGGGAGUUCUGAGGAGUUCAGUUAAAUAGCACUUUAAAAAAGUUGUAUCUGCUUCUUCUACAGCUCUAAAGACUGCAAGGCAUCUCAAAUUGAAGCCAUAAACUAUGGCUAAUCAAAUGUGGUAAAAUAGGGCCUGUAACUCCUCAGGUAGCCAAGCAGUCAACUACUCCGCCGUCUGAAGUUAUAGAUAACUUCUACUGCUAUCCACAUGUCAGGUCUGGAAUUUAUGCCAUGAAGUCGCAGGAUGAUUCGGCCCUCCAUAAUUCUACAGUUCCAGACCCCAGGAGAGACGACGUUUCGCAUUGCGGAAGCAAUUGCGCAACAAAUACCGUGGACACACAGCGUUCACCGAGACUCCAGAAACGUCGACAACUUGAUUAGUGUUUGAGACAGAAGGGCUUGCUAAAGUGGAAUUACGAGCUGAUAGGCAUGGGACGUAAUUCGGAGUGGAUUCAUCCGUCAUGCUAGGCUGACCCUCUAUUGGGAAACAUUUGAGUCCCUUGCGUUUAUCUCCUUAAAAAGCAUUCACCAAUACACAUGCUUCGACUAAUUUUCUAAAUUGAUCUUAACAUAAUCCCAGUCUCCAACAUUAACACACAAAAACCCGGUUUCCGUGGUCGACAUGUGGUAGUUGAAAAGGGGGGGCCAUUUCGUUUCAAGAGCUUCAUGAGACGUCCGCUCAAAUACGCACACAGUCCGGAGGUCUGGGGUUUCGUAAGAUUGUUGAACAAACAUGCUAACUGCCUCAUUCGUAUUCUGAUGUUAAACAGUAACUAGGCGUUAGAAGGAGACGUGGAAAUUAGGUAGUUUCAAAAGAUUAAGAAACCAUAGUAACGGCGUUUAUAUUUAAAAACGUAAACAUUGACGUUCAGGUAUUCACAGUCUUCUACAAAUGAAGUAUACAGAAUAAGCUUCUACCAGUUUUUACUUAGAGCAGAGCGUGCCUUAGUAGAAGCGCCGGAACUAACUCUGAGACAUACACUACUUAAGCAUCCGAAUUUCAUAGGCGUUCACAAGACACCCAAUUGGGAACUUUCACAACCAACAGACAGCAUACUGCAACAUACGAGGUUAGUUCACGUUAUGGACGAGCAGCGUAACGUAACGGCCUCUAUUUGGAGGUAUGUUUUAAAGUUUUAAUUGAUAAGUUAUGACGACUUAUGAGGCCAACGCGGACUAUCAGUCAGUAUCAGUCAGUAUAUUUGGAGUAAACAACAGAAGCCAUGAAAACUCCAUUUAGAGGGUACAGGUAUAAAGUAAAAUAGUUAAAUUGCAAAACUUUUGCUUGCAGUUUUAGUAGGAGAAUUCAUAAAUCUAAUAAUGUAGCAUGAAGGUGAAAGGGGUAUUAUAUUCGCGAAAUAAUUGCGAAAAACUUUGUUCACCACAUUCGGACUGUGAAAAUUUCAAUAUGGGCUAAGUUUGACGCAAAAAUAGGAUCUGUUGAAAUCCUGUGAGUAGUAUAUUUAUAGUCAUUUCAAUAAUCCGUUAGAUCAGGCUUCGGCAGUUUGGGUUGCCUUUCAGCAGGUGAGUAUCCAGUUGUCUCUUGAACACGUUCACGGUAGGGGAAUUAACAACAAACUCCGGCAAAGAGUUCCAUUGGCGAAUGACCCUCUGUGAGAAAAAGGAGGAACGUUGAUUUGUGUGACACAGUUCCUUUUUGAGCUGGUAAUCAUGUCGUCUGAGAUUGGAUUUGGGUGCCAUUUCAAAAAACGUUUCCCAGUCGACAUCCAGAUUAAGUCCUUUUACCAACUAUGAUUGCGAUCAGCGGGCGACUGAUGAAUUCAGGGACUUUUUGUUGACGAGAGCAUUGACCAAAAUAUGGGUCCCCUGUCUUCUGGUCACUCAACUGCCGACACAACUCAGGCCUCGCAUUUUGUGUGAAGUGGACUGAGAUUCAGGCACAAAAACUUUUCAGUAAUCAUGUCUGCGCUCUCCAUAACACUGUCUCUAUGACCCCCUCACUCAUGUGAUAUCUGAGCCAUCCAUUACGUCUGUUUGGAGUCCUCCCGUGCUGUUCUGGGGUCAGGUUGUGUGCGGCACGCGUAGAAGGGCUGUUCACGUCUGUCAGUCACUGCAUCCACUCCCCGCAUCAGAUGGCUAACAACUUUGGAUAGUGGACCGGUGCGUGGGCGAAGGGCGAAAAGGUACGGUCGACUCUGAGGACUCUGUCCGCAUGACACUCAGUACACUUUCUUCGAUGUAAACAAUAUGACAUGUUUGUAUUUAUCACGAUUUGUUAAAAACCGUGACUCGGAAGGCUGCCGACUGACGGGGAAUAAUCUGGCUGCAUGCCAAUCCCACUCACUGGGGAUACGAAAUGCUCUUUUCUUGUUUCUGAGAAACCGUGACACAUCUUUCGCGGAUUGGGCAUGUGUGGCACAUGUGAACGGGCUAUUUGGUCUUGUCAGUCACUGCGCCCGAUCUCGCCUCUGGUCAUUCCGAUUCUGUCUUGAGACCGGGCUAAGGCAGGUGGGGGAGAAGGCAGUGCGGUUGAUGCAGCGCAAGUUUACCAUCGUUACAAACUAAUUCAGGUGCAAAUUUACGUUCCUGCGUCCGUCAUGCUGUGGGCAGUACGAUGGAAAGCUGCGGUAACGACGGUCGAACUAUCAGUCUCUCGACUCAGUUUUGCCUAUCUUACAUGUGCGGUGAUCACUGGCUUCCAAUACUCAUUGCAAAUAGAUAACCUUGUUUUCCGUUUCAUAACAACACUCUCCUAUAAACUGACAGAGCCUUUUCGCAGAGCUGCUUAUGCGACAGAUUAGUCAAUGAGACAAAGAAAGUCAUACAUACAAUGACUGAGUCGUCCCCGAAAGCAUGAGGUCUCCCAAAUGCGUGUAGACAUCGUCCAAUGCUGAUCGGAAAGAGAAAUUUUCGAGAUGAGUAUCUGAGACGUUUGAACUGUCUUUCGUGGCAGAAAGAACAUAAUUCGAUUUUAUGUAGAACUGAAUCGAUUAAGAGUAAGUGAUGAGAUAGCGGCCAAUUUUUUGCACAAUUAGUUGAGUUGGUGAUAAUGUAUACAGUCUAAUUUUGUCACCCGACAUCUGGCCCGAAUGGAUGGCUAACCCGAUUAACUCGAUUCUACGAUACUCCCCUUGGUACUUUGGUUUGAUGACCAAGGGAGACUAGCUAAGGAAGGAUGACACUGCACUCGGGCUGAUUCGGUCGGGGUUAGCAACCAGAAACUUUUGACGAUGUAGGUCGGGUCAGUCGCUGUGUCCGACCGAAUUUACGCUUGUCUUGAUCUGGUCACGCCAAUGGACUACGAACGGAACGACAGAAGGCUGAUCCCACAUUAUUCUGGAUCGCUAUAAUUCGACCAAAACGUGUUUCAUUAAAUUUGACAUCCUAGGGAUUCCAUGGCAUCGAAAAUUGCACCUUAUCGGGCCCCAAGUAAGGCGAUUUUGAUUGACUUUCCUCUUAGCUAACUGCAUGAAUUUUGGCGCAGAGGGGAAGUGAGACCAGCACUUAUGGCGAUCGCUAAUGAUCAGGGCGAACUGUCGGUCUGUCACUGAGCUAGACAUGCAGUCAACUUGCCUGAUUUUACCCUUGUCACUUGACUAAGACCAGACUAAAUACCGACCGUGGAAAUGAUGAAGAUGAGAAUGGUGCGCAGGUCUUCCUCACUGAACCCACAUUUGAGAGCAAACUAUCUUUCUUAGAGAGGCGUGUCCUCGUAACGCGUCAUAGACAAAUUGCGGGAUUGGCCGAUGAAUGAACUGACCACGUUUCAACUGCACAAUUGGUCGGGUGGCUUUUCAAUAUCAUGCGUACGCUGAGCAACGCAAAACCUGGUCUCAACUAUCGUCCAGCCUACUUUUGUCUCUUUUAUAGAGUCACAACUUUGGACGAUAUCUAAUGUUGCACAUAUUUUGCUUCACGUAGCUUGUGUUUUUUAAAUUUCAUGAGCGUCGUAUAAGUUUCUAUGAACCUAAUGCGCUACUGAGCUUAAAUCACAGACGAAAUCGGGCUCAUGGUCGGUCACUGCAUUUCAUUAACUUCACUUGUCUGAAGUCUGUUAUGCAAAAAGUAAGUCAUUUAGUCAACCUGACCAGAUAUCGCGAUGAGAUUCGGGUAGAAAACAACGCAUGCUUCGUCGUGGGGGGACUAUUCACUCAAUAAAGCGAAUGUACCUACUUCUACUUUUUAAGUAGCCUGUUAGAUUUUGCGUGGACAACUUACGAAUGACCGUGUUUGGAGCUCCCUGCACGCUUAUAAAAUAGUAAAUAGUCAGGAAGGAGACAAAUAAGACAAUCAACAUGUUAUCCGCGUUUGCAUAUAGAGGCUUUUUGAAGAGCACAGACUUCCCUAACGCUCGCAUAAUUAAUCUAAAGACCGUACAAGGCACUGUUACCUUCGCAGCGAAAGAAGACGAUGCCACGACAUAUCACUACGUUUAGGAUGUACGAAAAAAGCAUUUCCAUUUCUCCUAGCCUACUAUUCGGACGAUUUUGUGUAAGUGGAUGUGUUUAAAACAGCUCAAGAUCAACGGAAUCUCUUCUGUCGGCCAUAGUGUGUAAGGCGUUGGCCAGUUCUUCUACUCAAAGGCCGUAUAGUAUGAUCGUGAGAAGGCCCCACAAGACCUUAUAAGGUAGGACACGGGACUGGGAACCCCUGUAAGGGUCAUAUUUAGCAGUAAAGUUGAAGUUUAGGUUGAAUUUGGUGUUGUCUCAGUCUUCAGUCCAGUCUUAAUCAAGUGAUAAAAGCGAAAUCAGGCGAGUUGAAUGCAUGUCUAGCUCAAUAACUGACCGACUCUUCACUCUGAUCAUUAGCGGCCGCCAUAAAUGCUGGUCUCGCUUCCCAUCUGCGCUAGAAUUCAUGCAGUUAUUUGGGAGGAAAGACAAUCAAAAUCGCUUUACUUGGGGUCCAAUAAGGUGCCAUUUCCGGUGUCAGGGAAUCCCUAGGAUGUCGAAUUUAUUGGAAAAUGUGUUGGCCGGAUUAUAACGAUCCAGAAUAGUGUGUAAUCAGCCUUCUGUCGUUCCGCUCGUAGUCCAUUAGCGGGACCAGAUCAAGACAACCGUAAAUUCGGUCGGACACAGUGGCUGACCCGACCUACAUCAACAAACUUUUCUGGUUGCUAACCCCAACCGAAUCAGCCCGAAUGCUGUGUCAUCCUUGCUUAACUAGCCCUCCUUGGUCAUCAAACCAAGGUACCAAGAGGAGUAUAAUAGAAAGUAGGUAAUUGGGUUAGCCAUCCAUUUGGGCCAAAUGUUGGGUGACAAAAUUAGCCUGUAUACAUAAUUGGCAAAAGAGUUGGUGCAUUGUUUUCAUCUGUCUAAGAAAUUAGCAUUGUCACUGCACGCGAAAUGGUCGCGUUUUAGUAAGCAAUUGAGGGGGAGGAGGAAGAGGAGGAGGAGGAGACGGAGGUUGGAAUAAAAGUUCAUACAUUUUUGAAUCUAUCAUUAGUGACACCAUGCUGGGUGCUGGGACACGGGAAUAGGAACCCCCUGUAAGGUUCAAGUUUAAGGUUAAGGUUAAAGUUUGAGAUGAAAUUGAUGUUGGCGUAAGCCUUCGAGUGCAAGAGUUGACUCCCUUUGCGUAAUUUGUCGCAAGGCCACCCACAUUACGGAGCGGGGGGGAAGGCUCCUAUUCCAUUAUCUUAACUUGUGUGGUUUUGUUGUUUUCCGAUUUUUCUAGGCAGACGAAGAUUCCAUUGUUAGUAUCGCCAUCCUGUCAGUUUAAGCAAAACGCGCAAGGCUAUAUCUUUGAUUCGGACGAACUUGGGUUCACUGUAGUAAAGCACUCAAUUAAACACAAAAUCCAGCAAGGGGAGCGUUGGCGUAUGCAAUCUGGCCUCAUGUCGAGCUUUAGAUUUUGCUAAAUGAACUUCCGGAUUCUAGAAGGGAAUGCCUUUGAACUCGCUACCACCGGAAUUACUAGACGAAAACCCACAUAGGUUUGAGUAAUGUUAAAGCCCGAUGCCGGUGGCACACCGUAGGUGACGUAUCUUUCAAAACAGAGGCCGAAAUUUCGAAAGGUGGUGUUGUUUAGAAAUACCUGCUUAGGUAGGAUUUUAAUAUUGAGUAUCGGGCAGUAUCAGGAUAUUUAAGUCACACCAGCAGGCCGGAUUUAAAUGUAAACCAUUUAAAACGUCUACAUAAGUCACAUCGCUAGCAAAUCUAUGAAGGCAAUGAAUUUUUUCCCAUUGACUAUAAAUCAAAAUGCCCUUUACAGAAAGUAUGCAUAAAAAUGUUCUUUCUUGCAGUCCGUUUGCAGAAAUAGGCGUCUUCAAAUUUUCUGCUUACAGAAACAGCAGUUGUCAAUUUAGAAAUUGCAGUUAUGAUAUUUUUCACGAUCAUCAUGCGCCUGUUCAAAUAGCUUCGUAGUGCAUAUGCAUUAAAAAUGUAUGAGCUAUGUAUGAUACCCUUCUAAGCUUUUCUGGAAGUGUACAUUCUGUAGUUACGAAAUCCUAAAAGCAAGUAAAAUGGCAGGUCGUGUUUAACAUGAUUCGGGAAUUGAUGAAAGACAUUUGAAACCGGAACCCACAUAUCUCCCAGUAUAAACAUUGAAGAAUACGUCCAUUGCCACAAACUGAUUGUAGGACCGCCCAUUUUACGCACGCUUUCUGCAAAAUAUAUUUGGAUUUACAAGGUAAUCGCAACUAAAUUGGAAAAAUUAGUCCUGCUUAAAUAAUAAUUGCUGGUGAUGUGAUUUCUUCAGGCGACCGAAAAGACGUGCGUUCAAAAGCCGGCAUCCUCGCGUGACUGAAGUAUCGUGGGAUUGUGUUGAAUGCUACUGAACAUUACAAUUCCAACGAAGCAAUCCUUUCUGAUAGAGAUCAAAUUUUAGAACUCUGAUUAAUGUUUUACGAGAUAUGCCGCCCGAAAACUUGCGUCCCCAACAGUCUCUCACUGAGCAAUAUUCGUAAACUGCCAACAGGCAGCCAAUAGUUUCUGCAUAGGCAGCACGAUACAUCAUACUUGACAUAUCAAGUAGAUCACUUUGACCAAACUCUGAAAAACUCGGCCCCUCGGCGGGAUUCGAGCCCACGACAGUAAGGGGAGGCUUUAGUACAGCCAUCGGUCUAACCAUCUGAGCUACGAGGCCCUACCGGACGACGCUAGUUUGGGUCAAGUUACCCGCUCAACUUACUGCAACGUCUGGAUCCACCAAAUCUGAUGCAGUAGGUUGACUGUCCAAGCAGGAUUUCCAAAUUUAGAGCGUUGGCUGUACUAAAGCCUCCCCUUGCUGUCGUGGGUUCGUAUCCCACUGAGACACUAAUUUUUCACAGUUGGGUCAAAAUGAAUUAUUUGAGAUCUGCCAAGGCACUUCUGAAUAAAAGGUAGUAGCUAAAAGUUCAGAAACUUGAUUCGUCGAUAUUCCGCCACUGCAUGACAUAGUUGAGAGUGUUUUGGUUCAACAGUAAUCCUUCAGCGUUCUGCAUGUAUUUCUAUGGUAGAUACUCCUCUUUUAAAACUGCAUAUUUUUAAUUUCCUUAGAAAAUAUUCCAAACCUGUAGUAAAUCAGUCUAUUUGAGACUCAUGGGCUGAUAUUAAAAUUUAUUCUGAAUGUUUGGACAAAAAUCCACCAACCAUAGCGGAAUAACCGCUAAAUAUUCGUAAAUUUUCAACAGGUUACUCCGUCGCGACCGAUGGAUUUCGGCCCAAACAUUCAUAUCAAGUUUCAUUCCGUCAGUAAGUCUUAGAAAGGCUGGUUUACUCCGGGUUAACGAUUAAUUUCUGAGGAAAGAAAAAACGGGAAUAGUUUGGCUGGAUUGUCACCACAAACCACGCCUAUAUUUAUUUGACUUCGGGGCUUUUUGUGGCAGAUAAAGGUAAAACCUCAAGUACCAGAACAGUAAAAAUGAAAAAAGACAGUGAGAUCGCUGGGACAAAACAGUUUCUUCUGCUGAAUCAUCCGGCUCAUCUGUGAAGUUUCGGAAGUCCGAGGGUGGUUUGAAAAACUCAAAAAUUUCCCUAUAUACAGUAGGUGGGCUAACUCGUGAAAUUUCAACCGAAAUUUCGAAAUGCGUUCGGUAGGAAAUGAGUCUUCUUCCAAUCUUAUACUCGAAAGAAGAAUAUAAUUCGGUUUUAGAAAACUUUUCCAAUUCCCGAGUAAUUUCGAACUCAACCUGCUGUUAUACUUGCAUUCAGGGUUUCCAAACUACAAGCCGUAUCUUUUCCAUGUACGGAAAACCAUACAUUUCUCUACGGUAUUAAGAGGAGACCAUAUGAAUUUCAUAAAAUAAAGCAGUGGGUUUGAGCAAUAUUGUUAACUUUACAAGCCACAGAUACCUGACGUUUUAUGGACGGCAACUUCACGGUAUUAAAAAAAUCGCAAUUAGAAACUUUUUUCAAACCGAAUUAUACUUCUCCUUCGAGUAUAAUAUUGAAAGAAGGCGUUAUUUUCUACGGAAUAAAUAAAAGAAGGAAUAUGUUAUACACUUUUUUUCAUGAAAUAUAAUGAAAAUUUUAAGGGCAUCGAAAAUCAAUGGAAAAAUUGCAUGCUACAUAAGUAGUCAUUUUUUGCCGAGUAUAGUUCUUGCAUGCAGUCGGAAAGGAGUUCAUUCGAAAGAAGGCACCCUGAGGUAACUGGAUCAUUACAGAAUUAUGCUAGACGGUGAUUAGUUUUACAACCAUACUUAAUUAAUCUUUUCGAAACGAGAACGCAUUUCGAAAUUUCGGCCAACAUUUCAUGAGUUAGCCCACCUACUCUAUACAGGCGAGGUGACAGUUGAACCGUCGCGAACGAAAAUUCCCCCUGUGUGCCGCGAUGACCGACCGGCGCAGGAACGUUGACGUCCACGUGAAUUAGUUUUCGGUGCUAGAAGUGUGCUCCGAAGCCAGUCUCCGCGGUAGAUGCGCUGAACCGACACAGGGACUAGCAAGAGAUCCGGAAAGAGUUAAUGGGAAUACGCACCUAGUUGGGACCCCUGUCGCCCACUAUUUUUCCUGAUGUGUUAUAUCUUGUUCAGUGUACGUUGCGGACCAGGGAGUGUGGUGGUACGGCUAGGUGCGGAUUUUGUCCUGACAGCCUGCCCUCUCCUGCCUCCAGUCUUCCUGACUCUGUCAUGACACCAAAACUAGGUAUGGAGAGAACGAGAGAGUGAGUUAGAUGCAGCGUAAGUCUACUAGCAUCAGGUCACCGUCCCAGCUCUCACCCUGCUGCGGGACACGCGGUGGACAUCGCCAGUCACGACGCUUGAACUGUCGUAGUGAGGGUAGACUUGCGCUGCAUCUACCGUACUGCCUCCCCCCCCCACCCACCUUGGCCUAGGGUGUCAAGACAGAUUCAGGAUGAUCGGAGGCGAGAUCGGGCGCAGUGACUAACAAGGCUAAACAGUCCGCCUGUGUGUGCGUGCUGGGCACGUCUGGUGGACCAGUGUUUCACGGAAACAAGAAGGGAGUACUUCGGAUCUCGAAUGUGUGGGGGAUGCCAUAGGAGUCAGUUUUAAGUAGAAGCCAUCGCAGUGUGACUCACCGUCUUGGACCGAAUUCCGUCAAUUGGCAACCCCCCAGGUUACGGCUUCUAGAAUAUAGAUAUGAGCUUAUCAGAUUGUUUGUGGUGAGGAAAAUGCGCUGAGUGCUGUUCGGGCAGAGUCCCCAGAGUCGAUCGUACUUCCUCUUCCCUCGCCCACACACUGAUCCGAGUUGAUUAGCCAUCUAAUGUGGAGAUUGUGUGCAGUUGCUUUUAAACCGAAUCGAAGUUCCAACGUCCCUACUGAUCCUUAUACCCUCCUUAUCUACUUCUCCCACCAGAUCACUCCGUUAAGACCACGCACGAGUAAUUUAGGCAUGUUUCGCCUGAGAUGUCAGCCGUCUAUGUUGGCGGCUUAGAUAAUUACAUUCCACCUGCCUAGACACCGCAGUUCUCAUGCCAUUCUCAUCUAACUGUACGUACUUCUACCGAGGUGAUUCUCCCGUCUAUCUCGUCUAUCCAGACUGAAGCAAAACUGAGCGUAAAAGAGGACGCCUGCAUAUGCAUGCAGGACGCACCACCGGUCUCGUACAUCAAGAAAAGUUCAUCAAAACCUAACGUGAGCAUAACUUCUUCUCGCUGAAAGGUCAGCGCCCGCGUUUGGAGGAUGCACCUGCGGAUCCUGCCUUGACAUUUGCAGUGCCAACUUCUUGUGUUUCUGUCGGCCUGGUGGUGGUGGUGGUUUUUUGAAACGCAUACAUGACACAUGAGCCCGCCGUUGGGAGAUUAGAGGUCUGCCCAUCGAGGCAUUUCCCUUUUUGCGUUGAUGUAAAUCGGGUACGAACUCCGAAACAAGUCCGCUGUUGGUAUACGCGAGCACGCACGUCCAGCUGAGGGAGGGUUGUUUAUAAGGCAGUGUCUCUCGCACGGACGUACAGACGUACGCGAGAGCACGUGUGCGUAGAGGAUGUGCGCACCGCAAUGGCGACACCGCAGCUGCGGGCGCCAAUCUUGAACGACACGGUGCCACGACGUACAGCUCAGUGCCCAAGGAGGGUCCGCGUCGCCGGACGGACGCAACAGUACCUUGGCGGCUGAAGAACAACGGCGGCGGCGGCGACGACGACGGCGACGGCGACGCGGAGAGGAAGGGGAGAGUGAGUGAGCGUCUUUGGCGCCAACGGUCGUCAUCGGAGGACAAUAGCCAUCUCUCUCAGUCUCGCUCUGACCGGCUUGUCUUUCCCCGUUAGACGCCACCCUCCUCCUCCUCCUCCUCCUCCUCCUCCUCCUCUGCCUCUUCUGCUCUUGACUUAGGGUGGCGCCCGAGAGCAACUGGUUCAUCUGUCAAAGUGGCCAGAGAGCACUCCACUCACCUCGACGUGCGGCCCCGAGGCGCCUGACUUCCGAUCGUUUGCAUCAGGGGGCGACGACAAUGGGUCAAACAGACAAAGGGCAACGACAACAACGCUGGCGACGGGGCUGACCAGCAGAACUCUUUUUGCAACUUCUUUUUUGAAAGACUGUACCGUUGCUGGGCUGGUUUUUAAGAGUAGGAGGCCGGGGGAGGGGGGGAAGCUGUGGGGACGGCGACUUCACUUAUUUUAAGCUUAACCAGGCUGUUGACGACAGCUCUGUAGCCAUACGGAUAACUAAACUUGUACGCAUUAGCAUCCAACUGUUUUCUGAAGAGGGAUUUGUGUAACUAUGCCUGCACCUUACUCUCAUUUAAUUGGGGAAAAGUACUAAAAGUCUGUCAAUCAGGCUGUUUUGGUCAUAUUCAUGAGCACCAGACGAACUGUUUUAAGAAGACAGGAAGGCAAAAUCAACCAUACCAGAGGCCUUAAAAUGUGUUUUUGUCUGCUCUACCAUUGUGUAUUUCCGAUCGCAAGCAGUAGGACAACUAGCCCGUGGCCCAGUGGUGAGAGGCGCCGGACUUCUAACCGACAGGUCGAGGAAUCGAGCCCUAGGCGGUCCAUACUUCGUUGCUGGGUACGGCUAGCUGACAAUGGCCAAUAAGUCAGAAACGGCCGUCCCAGCCUCCCUUGUCUUUGUCGGUAAUGCUAUUCUGCCCAUAUCAUGCGUCGCUGUGCGGCUGCUGGUUGGGUUCGAGAGAGAGCCCUAAGGCACAACGGGACGAGUGAGUCCGUAAAAACCGAUCGGUGUGCGUCCCUCUACCAUUGUAUAACAAACUUCUAGGCAUGUAUUGUUUCGAACAGAGUCGCAAUAAGACAUAACCACUGAAUGAUCAGCAAACGCUCUGCCGGCUACGACACACGCCCAAUGGGAGAUGGCCCAUAGUGAUUUGACAUGAUGAAAAAGGAACUCAUGAGUUCCGUUAGAAGCAGGCUAAGUUGGCGCAUGCGGUUGCUGAGGGCCGACAAAUCAACAAUCGCGAGAUUUAGCUUCAUGCUUUCAUCCCCACUACCAAGGGAUUAUGCAGAAGGAUUUUUGGAAAACGUACUGGCUUAUACUUCCUAUGUUUGAGGAAAUAUUCAACUUAUACAAUUCCGCAGAAUGGCCGACUACUGUCCACACAUUCACACCCACCAGCAAGUAGUAUGUUCCAAACAUACAAAAAAUAUUGGAAUAAAGUCGACUGCUUUCCUUGAAACCUGGCAUUUAGGUGUUUGCUUUUAAGCAGUGCCUAUCUGGAGAUAUGAUCACAUCAUUUCCUUACCUAAAUAUACUGGAGGACAAUCAUUCCAAGACAAGUAGUCUGAAUAAUCGCAGGUUUUCUGUGGAAGCCGGACGGGUAAAUUGACCCGGUGUGAUUAAAAUUACGACUUCCAGUGGGACUUCGUAGCUCAGGUUUUUAGAGCGAUGGCUAUAGCUAAGUCUCCCCCUUGUUGUUGUGGGUUCGAAUCCGAACGAGGCUGCUGGGUUUUUCACAUUUGACCAAGAGAGUAAUGGCAGACCCACUGACUACCAAAGACGGAUUUAGAGUAGAAUCGAUAGACACCUGUCCUUUGUAUGACCACAUAUAACUUCUGUUGCAGCACCUCCUUAGGUCUAGCUAAACCAACUCCCCUUCCCAUAUUUAUGAAAGGUUUUGGGUCUUAAGAAAGGAUCUGUCUUUUUUAGAUAACGCAGCUUCGACACACCAAGUUCGGAUAGCCCUCAAACGUCUUCAAAGAUUCCUGACGGGGGUCGGAAUAGGGUCGGGCUGGUGUCUUCCGGUGCGCUCUAAGAGAAAGACGCUGACGACCGUCCCCGUGGUACUGAUGCUGACAUGCGCCAAGGCAAAUGACAAUCGGAUCAUGUCUACUUCCAUGAGUAUCCGCCCUGUCAUUGAUCGUGAUCAACAGAAGCUCACAGAGGCUGAUUCUGGUUGUGUACCCGACUGCUCCGAGGCAGGAGGAACCGCCCAGCCGUGGUUGCACAUCUCCUACUGGGAGUGUAAUCACCAUAUAGGCCACCGAUGGUUACCCGUCUCCGAGACCGACGUCAUUGUACUCAACGAAGAGGCGACCGCCAGUAAACUGGACCUUGCUCUGCCCAGUCGCCUUUUUUCCAACGAUCCGUCGCCUCCAGAUCAACUGUUCUCUAGUCUGGCAAGUCCAACGAACCUCUGGAGUCGUAGGGGACACCUAUGCCUGGAGCGUCUUGUAAAGCGUUGUGCGGCCUAUCGCAGUGAGGCAGCAAGACCAGAGUAUCAACUGAACAGUCUGCUCGACUGUCAGCCAGGCCUGGCCUACAACUUCGAUUGUAUUCAGCGACGGGCUGACUGCCAGCAGGCGGGGACCUCGACCAGACAACGCCUAAGGCUCGGAGCUGAGGGCAUUAGUCUUCUGCUGCUGCCUGGCGGAAAGGUGCUCCUCACCAACCGGACCUUGUCACCCUCGAUGCCCAUCUUUGUGGCCUCUCCCUGUUUCGUCAUGGACGGACAUGACCUCAUUUCUGAUUGGCCUGUAGCUCGCGUGGCUCCCGGUCACUCGCUCACCGUAUUUGACCUGAGCGUCUAUCAGAGACUCUGUGGCAGUCAAGAUCCUACGCAACACUGGCCGGGCAAAUCUCUGGCAGGGCCUGUCAUACAUAUCAGUCUGGGCAAAGGUUGGGGUCCCUCCUACCGACGUCCUGACAUCACAUUCUGUCCCUCCCGCCUUGAACUUUGGCUCAAUCUGCCCGCCAUGAAGACCCUUUUUCGGAGAUGA